AUGGGUAUCCUCGAGAGAAUCAAGGAGAUUGAGGCCGAGAUGGCUCGGACUCAGAAAAAUAAAGCAACAGAGUAUCAUCUUGGACAACUGAAGGCAAAGCUAGCAAAGUUGAGGACACAACUAUUAGAGCCUCCAAAGGGUUCCAGCGGAGGCGGAGAUGGUUUUGAAGUCACAAAGUUUGGGCAUGGUCGUGUUGCACUUAUUGGAUUUCCCAGUGUUGGAAAGUCAACUCUUUUAACGAUGUUGACCGGGACACAUUCUGAAGCUGCAUCAUAUGAGUUCACAACACUUACUUGCAUUCCUGGAAUUAUUCAUUACAAUGAUACCAAAAUCCAGCUUCUCGAUCUUCCUGGUAUCAUUGAAGGAGCCUCUGAAGGCAAGGGGCGCGGUAGGCAGGUUAUUGCUGUUGCAAAGUCAUCAGAUCUUGUGCUGAUGGUUCUGGAUGCCUCAAAGAGCGAAGGACAUCGCCAAAUAUUAACUAAAGAAUUGGAAGCUGUCGGACUCCGUCUUAACAAAAGGCCUCCCCAGAUAUACUUCAAAAGGAAGAAGACUGGCGGCAUUUCUUUCAAUACUACAGUGCCUUUGACUCAUAUUGAUGAGAAGCUCUGCUAUCAGAUUCUGCACGAGUACAAAAUUCACAAUGCUGAGGUGUUAUUCCGAGAAGAUGCUACUGUGGAUGAUCUCAUUGAUGUUAUUGAAGGAAAUCGAAAGUACAUAAAAUGUGUUUACGUAUAUAACAAGAUUGAUGUUGUUGGUAUUGAUGACGUGGAUAAGCUUGCUCGGCAACCAAAUUCACUAGUGAUCAGCUGCAAUUUGAAGCUGAACUUGGAUAGGCUACUGGCAAGAAUGUGGGAUGAGAUGGGCCUAGUGAGGGUGUAUACAAAGCCCCAGGGCCAGCAGCCUGAUUUCACAGAUCCAGUUGUUCUUUCUACUGAUAGAGGUGGUUGCACAGUCGAGGACUUCUGCAAUCAUAUCCAUAGAAGUUUGCUCAAGGAUCUGAAGUAUGUGCUUGUAUGGGGAACCAGCGCAAGGCACUAUCCACAGCAUUGUGGCCUCAGCCAUGGUCUUCAAGAUGAGGAUGUCGUCCAGAUAGUAAAGAAGAAGGAAAAGGAGGAGGGUGGGCGAGGCCGGUUCAAGUCGCACACGAACGCACCUGAUAGGAUAUCUGACAGGGUGAAGAAAGCUCCACUGAAGACAUAA